AAUCCUAAUCCUGUUUGCUUUUCUGCCAACAGAAGUCAAGAAAACAAGAACCAACGCAUCGUACUGAAGCCCUUGGCCUCGCUUGAGCUAUCCAAGGAAAACCAGGGAGUGACAUUCUUUCCCGCCAGGGCUUGAACAAACAAGAAAUAAAACAAGAUGGCUGAAGAAGAAGAAACAAGGGAAGUGCUCUUUCCAGAUUGGGAAGGUCCAGAUAAAACUGGGCUGACUAUUGAACAGACACGGGAAGGAGAGAUCUUUGUAAAAGAAGUGAAAGGAGAGUCACCUGCAGCGCGAUCUGGGAAAGUAUAUGAAGGUGACCAGAUUGUGGGUGCAACAAUCUAUUUUGACAACAUGAGCUCAGAAGAAACAGCUGAGCUGCUGAAGACACUUAACCGUCACAAGGUUGGAUUGAAACUACAGAAUAAAGACAAAUCCCCAUGCUGCUCUCCCUUGAGAUCACCAUGUCGUUCCCCAAUGGGUACUUUGACAUGGGAGGGAAAAUUAGGAAGCUCCAGUCCAGACAUCAUUCUUAGUGGAGAUGAUGAGGACUAUAAAAGGAUUUACACACGGAAGAUCAAACCGAGGCUUAAGUCUGAAGACCUUGCAGAAGGCGUAGAUGUGCGUACGGAGCGGCAUAGCAGCACAAGUAGUGAUGGCAGCACAAUUACGACUGUCACACGCCGCAUCACCACUUAUACUGUGGACAUGCCAGUUGGCAUAAGUGAGCACCUUGAAUUUUCAAGCCCAGAUUUCAAGGGGCAAAGGCAGGAAUUAGGGGAUAGUUCUUCAGGAAUAAGAAUUUCACAUGGCAGCCCAACCAGAAUAGUUGGAGCUGAAGGAGGAGUUUUGGAUAUAGGCAAGCUAAGGGAAAGUUCAAACACUGGUAGUAGGCAUGUUUUUGUGGGAGCGAUGGGACCAAGUGAGGUAUUCAAAACUGAUAAUGAGAAUGGAGGGUCAAUUCAUGCAUCUGUAACAGAAAAAGGAAGACAGAUUAUUGUGACAUCCACAGAUAAAACACAAGGGGGUGAGGGAACAAAUGUGAAUUUACCUGAAUCAGGCUCUAUUCAUAUUCCCAACAUUUCAUUGAGUGGAGGUUUUGCAGAUGCUGCAAGUGAAUUGAAAGGGCCUUCUGCAAAUACAUCUGUCAGCAUCCAAACUAAAAAGUACCACGUUCACGGUCCAGGCAUUAGUCUUGAGCAGAAAGAGGGAGAUUUCAAAAUGCCUCAGGUAAAUAUAACAUCACAUAUGACAAAGGGUUCAAAUUUUGACAUGAAACCACACGACAUUGACAUUAGUCAGACUGGCCCAGAGAUGAAAGGAAAAGUGAAUGUAUCAACUCGAAAGAUGGAUGGGAAAGUAAAAAUACCAGAUGUGGUAAUCCAGGGUCCAGAGGUAGACAUGGAAGGACACAAAGGCGAUGGAAUACAGUUUGGUAAAGAUAUUCGCAAAUCUGAAAUCUCAGGCCCAAGUAUUACUAUGCCAAACGUGGAACUGAAUCUGAAGGGCAACAAAGUUAAAGGUGAAAUAGAUGUGUCACCAGGACAUAUCAAACAAAAUAUAGACACACCAGAGAUUGAAGUGACAGGCAUAAAAAUUGACAAUGACACAACGGGUAAUAUUGACUUUUCCAAAAUAAAAUUGCCAACAUUUGGUUUAAAAAGUCAGGAAGCCCAGGGCCCAGACAUUAACAUAAAUCUGAGCAAGGCUGAGAUUGAUGUCAAAGGCCCUGAGUUUUCAGGCCCAAAUUUGACAGAGGCAGUAAACAUCUCAGGACCAAAAAGCUCUUUGGCUAAAAUGGAUGUCAAUCUAAAAGGUCCAAAACUCAAAGGGGACGCACAUGUGUCUGUCCCAAAUAUUGAUGGAGAUAUCAAGGUGCCUGACAUUGACAUCAAAGGCCCAAAUGUAGACAUUAAGGGUUACAAGGCUGGUGAUGUUGAUAUCAACCUUCCUAAGGCUAAUAUUGACAUUAAAGUCCCUGAAGUAGGUGUAAGUCUCCCCAAAACUGACUUAAAUAUCAAGGGUCCAAAUUUAGAGAUUGAACCACCAGAUGCUGGCAUUGACAGUCAACGUUGGAAGCUCAAGGGACCCAAUCUGAAGAUGCCAAAAAUAUCAGGUUCAAAUGUCAACAUGCCAAAUGUGGAUUUCGAUCUUCAAGGCCCUAAUUUCAAAGGUGAUUUGGAUGUGUCAGUUUCAAAUGUUGAGGGGGAUAUCAAAUCACCGGAAAUUGACAUCAAAGCCCCAAAGAUUGACAUCAAAGGCCCAAACGUCGACCUUGAGGAUCCCAAGGGUGGAUUUAAAAUGCCCAAAAUUAAAACGCCAGAAUUUGGCUUCAAAGGUCCUAAACUAGAGGGUCCUCAAGUUGACAUCAACCUUCCCAAGGCCAAUAUUGAUGUCAAAGUCCCUGAAGUUGAUGUCAGUCUUCCCAAACUGGAUUUAGACACUAAAGGCUCAAAAUUAGACAUUGAAGGACCAGAUGUUGAAAUUGACAGUUCGGGUUCGAAGAUCAAGGGACCAAACCUUAAAAUGCCAAAAAUCUCAAAACCAAACAUUUCAAUGCCAGAAAUGGGUUUCCAUCUGAAAGGUCCUGAACUCAAAGGUGAUGUGGAUGUAUCUCUUCCAAAAACUGAGGGAGAUAUUGAAGCACCAGACGUGGCCAUCAAAGGCCCAGAAAUUGACAUUAAGGGCCCUAGUGGUGGAUUUGAAAUGCCCAAAAUUAAAAUGCCAGCAUUUGACUUCCAAGGGCCAAAAAUAGAGGGCCCUGAUGUUGGUAUCAAUCUUCCAAAAGCUAAUGUUGAUGUCAAAGUCCCUGCAGUGGAUGUUAGUCUCCCUAAAACUGAUUUAGACAUCACGGGUCCUGAUGUUGAUGUUGAAGUACCAGAUGUCGACAUCGGGAGUCCAGGUUGGAAAAUAAAAGGACCUAAACUGACGAUGCCAAAAAUCCCAAAGCCAAACAUCUCAAUGCCAGAAAUGGAUUUCCGUUUAAAAGGGCCGAAACUAAAAGGGGAUGUUGAUGUAUCAGUACCGAAAGUUGAAGGAGACAUUGAAGCACCAGAAGUAGAUAUCAAAUGCCCAAACAUUGACAUUAAAGGUGCCAAGGGGGGAUUUGAAAUGCCCAGAAUCAAAAUGCCAGAAUUUGACAUGAAAGGUCCAAAAUUGGAGAGUCCUGAUGUUGACAUCAAUCUUCCAAAGGCCAAUAUUGAUGUAAAAGUCCCUGAAGUUGAUGUCAGUGUCCCUAAAGCGGAUUUAGACAUCAAGGGGCCAGAUUUUGAUGUUGAAGUACCAGAUGCCGACAUUGGGAGUCCUGGUUGGAAGAUAAAAGGACCUAAACUGAAGAUGCCAAAAAUCCCGAAGCCAAACAUAUCAAUGCCAGAAAAGGGAUUGCAGCUAAAAGGUCCAAAACUCAAAGGGGAUAUUGAUGUAUCGAUACCAAAAGUGGAAGGAGACAUUGAAGCACCAGGAGUGGACAUCAAAGGCCCAAAAGUUGACAUCGAGGGCCCCAAGGGUGCAUUUGAAAUGCCAAAAAUCAAAAUGCCAGAAUUUGGCUUAAAAGGUCCAAAUAUAGAGGGUCCUGGUGUUGCCAUCAACCUUCCCAAGGCGAAUAUUGAUGUCAAAGUCCCAGAAGUUGAUGUCAGUCUCCCUAAAACUGAUUUAGACAUCACAGGUCCUGAUUUUGAUGCUGAAGUACCAGAUGUCGACAUCGGGAGUCCAGGUUGGAAAAUAAAAGGACCUAAACUGAAGAUGCCAAAAAUCCCGAAGCCAAACAUAUCAAUGCCAGAAAUGGGAUUGCAGCUAAAAGGUCCAAAACUCAAAGGGGAUAUUGAUGUAUCGAUACCAAAAGUUGAAGGAGACAUUGAAGCACCAGGAGUGGACAUCAAAGGCCCAAAAGUUGACAUCGAGGGCCCCAAGGGUGGAUUUGACAUGCCCAAAAUCAAAAUGCCAGAAUUUGGCUUUAAAGGUCCAAAAAUAGAGGGUCCUGAUGUCGACAUGAAUCUUCCAAAGGCCAAAAUUGAUGUCAAAGUCCCUGAGGUUGAUGUCAAUCUCCCUAAAACUGAUUUAGACAUCAAAGGUCCUGAUGUUGAUGUUGAAGUCCCAGAUGUCGACAUCGGGAGUCCAGGUUGGAAAAUAAAAGGACCUAAACUGAAGAUGCCCAAAAUUCCGAAGCCAAACAUAUCAAUGCCAGAAAUGGGAUUGCAGCUAAAAGGUCCUAAACUCAAAGGGGAUGUUGAUAUAUCUGUACCAAAAGUUGAAGGAGACAUUGAAGCACCAGAAGUGGACAUCAAAGGCCCAAAAGUUGACAUCGAGGGCCCCAAGGGUGGAUUUGACAUGCCCAAAAUCAAAAUGCCAGAAUUUGGCUUUAAAGGUCCAAAAAUAGAGGGUCCUGAUGUCGACAUGAAUCUUCCAAAGGCCAAAAUUGAUGUCAAAGUCCCUGAGGUUGAUGUCAAUCUCCCUAAAACUGAUUUAGACAUCAAGGGUCCUGAUGUUGAUGUUGAAGUACCAGAUGUCGACACGGGGAGUCCGGGUUGGAAAAUAAAAGGACCUAAACUGAAGAUGCCAAAAAUCCCGAAGCCAAACAUAUCAAUGCCAGAAAUGGGAUUGCAGCUAAAAGGUCCUAAACUCAAAGGGGAUGUUGAUAUAUCUGUACCAAAAGUUGAAGGAGACAUUGAAGCACCAGAAGUGGACAUCAAAGGCCCCAAAGUUGACAUCAAGGGCCCAAGUGGUGGAUUUGACAUGCCCAAAAUCAAAAUACCAGAGUUAGGCUUUAAAGGUCCAACAUUAGAAAGUCCUGAUGUUGACAUCCAUCUUCCUAAGGCUAAUAUUGAUGUCAAAGUCCCUGAAGUUGAUGUCAGUCUCCCUCAAACUGAUUUAGACAUAUCAGGACCAGAUGUAGAUCUUGAUGUACCAGAUGUCCACAUAGAUAGUCCAGGUUGGAAAAUGAAGGGACCAAAACUGAAGAUGCCUAAAAUCUCAAAGCCAAACAUAUCAAUGCCAGAAAUGGAUUUCCAUCUGAAAGGUCCUAAACUCAAAGGGGAUGUUGAUAUAUCUGUACCAAAAGUUGAAGGAGAUAUUGAAGCACCAGACGUGGCCAUCAAAGGCCCAGAAAUUGACAUUAAGGGCCCUAGUGGUGGAUUUGAAAUGCCCAAAAUAAAAAUGCCAGCAUUUGGCUUCAAAGGGCCAAAAAUAGAGGGCCCUGAUGUUAAUAUCAAUCUUCCAAAAGCCAAUGUUGAUGUCAAAGUACCUGCAGUGGAUGUCAGUCUCCCUAAAACGGAUUUAGACAUCAAGGGUCCAGAUUUCAAUGUUGAUGUACCAGAUGUCGACAUCGGGAGUCCGGGUUGGAAAAUAAAAGGACCUAAACUGAAAAUGCCCAAAAUCUCAAAGCCAAACAUUUCAAUGCCAGAAAUGGAUUUCCAUUUAAAAGGGCCAAAACCUAAAGGGGAUAUUGACGUAUCACUGCCAAAAGUUGAAGGAGACAUUGACACACCAGACGUGGCCAUCAAAGGCCCAGAAAUUGACAUUAAGGGCCCUAGUGGUGGAUUUGAAAUGCCCAAAAUAAAAAUGCCAGCAUUUGGCCUGAAAGGGCCAAAAAUAGAGGGCCCUGAUGUUGAUAUCAAUCUUCCAAAAGCCAAUAUUGAUGUCAAAGUCCCUGAAGUUGAUGUCAGUCUCCCUAAAACAGAUUUAGACAUCAAGGGUUCUGAUUUUGAUGUUGAAGUACCAGAUGUCAACAUCGGGAGUCCGGGCUGGAAAAUAAAGGGACCUAAACUGAAGAUGCCCAAAAUCCCAAAGCCAAACAUCUCAAUGCCUGAAAUGGAUUUCCACCUAAAAGGGCCGAAACUAAAAGGGGAUGUUGAUGUAUCAGUACCAAGAGUUGAUGGAGACAUUAAAGCACCAGAAGUGGAUAUCAAAGGCCCAAAUAUUGAUAUUAAGGGUCCCAAUGGUGCAUUUGAAAUGCCAAAACUCAAAGUGCCAGAAUUUGGCUUGAAAGGUCCAAAAGUAGAGGGUCCCGAUGUUGCCAUCGCCCUUACCAAGCCCAAUAUUGAUGUCAAAGUCCCAGAAGUUGAUGUUAGUCUCCCUAAAACUGAUGUAGACAUCACUGGACCAGAUAUAGAUGUUCAACUACAAGAGGCUGAAAUAGACAGUCCAGGUUGGAAAAUAAAGGGACCUAAACUGAAGAUGCCAAAAAUUUCAAUGCCAAACAUCACAAUACCAGAACUGAAUUUAAUAAAAGGUCCGAAACUCAAAGGGGAUGUUGAUGUAUCACUGCCAAAAGUUGAAGGAGACAUUGACGCACCAGAAAUCGACAUCAAAGGCCCUAAGAAUGGAUUUGAAAUGCCUAAAAUUAAAAUGCCAGAAUUGAGCUUGAAAGGUCCAAAACUUGAAGGUCCCAAUGUUGAUAUCAAUCUUCCAAAGGCCAAUAUUGAUGUCAAAGUCCCUGAAGUGGAUGUCAGUGUCCCUACAGCUGAUUUAGACAUCACGGGUCCAGAUUUUGAUGUUGAAGCACCAGAUGUCGACAUUGGGAGUCCAGGUUGGAAGAUAAAAGGACCUAAACUGAAGAUGCCCAAAAUCCCAAAGCCAAACAUCUCAAUGCCAGAAAUGGAUUUCCAUGUGAAAGGUCCUAAAUUCAAAGGGGAUGUUGAUGUAUCACUGCCAAAAGUUGAAGGCGACAUUAAAGCACCAGAAGUGGAUAUCAAAGGCCAAAAAAUUGACAUCAAAGGCCCCAGUGGUGGAUUUGAAAUGCCCAAAAUCAAAAUGCCACAAUUUAGCUUGAAAGGUCCAAAAGUAGAGGGUCCCGAUGUUGCCAUCAACCUUCCCAAGCCCAAUAUUGAUGUCAAAGUCCCAGAAGUUGAUGUCAGUCUCCCUAAAACUGAUUUAGACAUCAGGGGACCAGAUAUAGAUGUUCAACUACCAGAAGCUGAAAUCGACAGUCCAGGUUGGAAAAUAAAAGGACCUAAACUGAAGAUGCCAAAAAUUUCAAUGCCAAACAUUGCAAUGCCAGAACUGGAUUUAAAUCUAAAAGGUCCGAAACUCAAAGGGGAUAUUGAUGUAUCACUGCCAAAAGUUGAAGGAGACAUUGACGCACCAGAAAUGGACAUCAAAGGCCCAAAAAUUGACAUUAAAGGCCCUAAGAAUGGAUUUGAAAUGCCCAAAAUUAAAAUGCCAGAAUUGAGCUUGAAAGGUCCAAAACUUGAAGGUCCCGAUGUUGACAUCAAUCUUCCAAAGGCCAAUAUUGAUGUCAAAGUCCCUGAAGUGGAUGUCAGUGUCCCUAAAGCAGAUAUAGACAUCAAGGGGCCAGAUUUUGAUGUCGAAGUACCAGAUGUCGACAUUGGGAGUCCGGGUUGGAAGAUAAAAGGACCUAAACUGAAGAUGCCCAAAAUCCCAAAGCCAAACAUCUCAAUGCCAGAAAUGGAUUUCCAUCUAAAAGGGACGAAACUAAAAGGGGAUGUUGAUGUAUCAAUACCAAAAGUUGAAGGCGACAUUGCAGCACCAGAAGUUGAUAUCAAAGGCCCAAAUAUUGAUAUCAAGGGCCCCAAGGGUGCAUUUGAUAUGCCAAAAAUCAAAAUGCCACAAUUUGGCUUGAAAGGUCCAAAAGUAGAGGAUCCCGAUGUUGCCAUCAACCUUCCCAAGCCCAAUAUUGAUGUCAAUGUCCCAGAAGUUGAUGUCAGUCUCCCUAAAACUGAUUUAGACAUCACGGGACCAGAUAUAGAUGUUCAACUACCCAAAGCUGAAAUAGACAGUCCAGGUUGGAAAAUAAAGGGACCUAAACUGAAGAUGCCAAAAAUUUCAAUGCCAAACAUCGCAAUGCCAGAACUGGAUUUCAAUCUAAAAGGUCCGAAACUCAAAGGGGAUAUUGAUGUAUCACUGCCAAAAGUUGAAGGAGACAUUGACGCACCAGAAAUGGACAUCGAAGGCCCAAAAAUUGACAUUAAAGGCCCUAAGGGUGGAUUUGAAAUGCCCAAAAUUAAAAUGCCAGAAUUGAGUUUGAAAGGUCCAAAACUUGAAGGUCCCGAUGUUGACAUCAAUCUUCCAAAGGCCAAUAUUGAUGUCAAAGUGCCUGAAGUAGAUUUCAGUGUCCCUAAAGCUGAUUUAGACAUCAAGGGGCCAGAUUUUGAUGUUGACGCACCAGAUGUCGACAUUGGGAGUCCGGGUUGGAAAAUAAAAGGACCUAAACUGAAGAUGCCCAAAAUCCCAAAGCCAAACAUUUCAAUGCCAGAAAUGGACUUGAAUCUUAAAGGUCCUAAACUCAAAGGGGAUGUUGAUGUAUCAGUACCCAAAGUUAAAGGAGACAUUGAAGCACCAGAAGUAGACAUCAAAGGCCUCAAAAUUGACACUAAAGGCCCAAAGGGUGGAUUUGAAAUGCCCAAAAUUAAAAUGCCAGACUUUGGCAUUAAAGGUCCAAAAAUAGAGGGUCCUAAUGUGGACGUCAAUCUUCCAAAGGCCAAUAUUGAUGUCAAAGUCCCUGAAGUGGAUAUCAAUGUCCCUAAAGCUGAUUUAGACAUCAAGGGGCCAGAUUUUGAUGUUGAAGCACCAGAUGUCGACAUUGGGAGUCCGGGUUGGAAAAUAAAAGGACCUAAACUGAAGAUGCCCAAAAUCCCAAAGCCAAACAUUUCAAUGCCAGAAAUGGAUUUCCAUCUUAAAGGCCCUAAACUCAAAGGGGAUGUUGACGUAUCAGUACCAAAAAUUAAAGGAGACAUUGAAGCACCAGAAAUAGACAUCAAAGGCCCCAAAAUCGACACCAAAGGGCCAAAGGGUGGAUUUGAAAUGCCCAAAAUUAAAAUGCCAGACUUUGGCUUUAAAGGCCCAAAAAUAGAGGGUCCUGAUGUGGACUUCAAUCUUCCAAAGGCCAAUAUUGAUGUCAAAGUCCCUGAAGUGGAUUUCAGCGUCCCUAAAGCUGAUUUAGACAUCAAGGGGCCAGCUUGUGAUGUUGAAGCACCAGAUGUUGACAUCGGGAGUCCGGGUUGGAAAAUAAAAGGACCUAAACUAAAGAUGCCCAAAAUCUCAAAGCCAAACAUCUCAAUGCCAGAAAUGGAUUUCCAUCUGAAAGGUCCUAAACUCAAAGGAGAUGUUGAUAUAUCUGUACCAAAAGCUGAAGGAGACAUUGAAGCACCAGAAGUGGAUAUCCAAGGCCCAAAAAUGGACAUUAAAGGCCCCAAAGGUGGAUUUGAAAUGCCCAAAAUAAAAAUGCCAGAAUUUGGCUUUAAAGGGCCAAAAAUAGAGGGUCCGGAUGUUGACAUCAAUCUCCCAAAAGGCAGUAUUGAUGUCAAUGUCCCUAAAGUGGAUGUCAGUCUCCCUAAAACUGAUUUAGACAUCAAGGGUCCAGAUUUUGAUGUGGAAGCACCAGAUGUUGACAUCGGGAGUCCGGGUUGGAAAAUAAAAGGACCUAAACUGAAGAUGCCCAAAAUCUCAAAGCCAAACAUCUCAAUGCCAGAAAUGGAUUUCCAUCUGAAAGGUCCUAAACUCAAAGGAGAUGUUGAUAUGUCUGUACCAAAAGUUGAAGGAGACAUUGAAGCACCAGAAAUGGACAUCAAAGGUCCGACAAUUGACAUUAAGGGCUCCAGUGGUGGAUUUGAAAUGCCAAAAAUCAAAAUGCCAGAAUUUGGCUUUAAAGGGCCAAAAUUAGAGGGUUCUGAUGUUGACAUCAAUCUUCCAAAAGCCAAUAUUGAUGUCAAAGUCCCUGCAGUGGAUGUCAGUCUCCCUAAAACAGAUUUAGACAUCAAGGGUCCUGAUUUUGAUGUUGAAGUACCAGAAGUCGACAUUGGGAGUCCGGGCUGGAAAAUAAAAGGACCUAAACUGAAGAUGCCCAAAAUCCCAAAGCCAAACAUCUCAAUGCCAGAAAUGGAUUUCCAUCUAAAAGGGCCGAAACUAAAAGGGGAUGUUGAUGUAUCAGUACCAAGAGUUGAAGGAGACAUUGAAGCACCAGAAGUGGAUAUCAAAGGCCCAAAUAUUGAUAUCAAGGGCCCUAAGGGUGCAUUUGAAAUGCCAAAAAUCAAAAUGCCAGAAUUUGGCUUGAAAGGUCCAAAAGUAGAGGGUCCCGAUGUUGCCAUCAACCUUCCAAAGGCCAAUAUUGAUGUCAAAGUCCCAGAAGUUGAUGUCAGUCUCCCUAAAACUGAUUUAGACAUCACGGGACCAGAUAUAGAUGUUCAACUACCAAAAGCUGAAAUAGACAGUCCAGGUUGGAAA